CAGAGAGAGAUAGAUAGAGAGGGGGGGAAAGAGAGAGAGCGCAAUGAGGACACUCCUCCCUCUGUCCCUCCAGCAGAGCACUCAGCUCACUGUGCUGGAGUCUGUCUGUCUGUCUGUCUCACUGCUCCUCUGUCUGUCUGCGGCACACACAGCAGACAGGUUUAUUUUAAAGUCCUCUGUUGAAGCUGAACAGGAGGGCCAGCAGAGGUGAAGGAGUUUGUCUGAAAUCGCUCCACAGCCCUGGAGGAAAGAAUAUGGAAGUGUGGAAGAUACUCUGUCUGCUGCUUGUCACCUGCAGAUCUGCUGCUCAAGCUGCUUCCUCUGAUCCACCAGAGUCUGAUCCUGAUCCUGGUCUGGACUAUAUCAACACUACUGCCCCCAUAACUCCACCAAGUGAUCCCAAUGUACAUUCAAGUCCAGGUUCAGGUUCAGAUCCAGGUCCAGAAGUCACCGACAGCCCAAACAGAGACACAACCACAGGAGGGAGGAACAUCUCUGUGACUCCAGAGUCAAAGACAGGUAAAGACUCUGUCAUCUCUUCAUCACACCCUCAUCUGCCUGAACCACCGGCCUCACAGACUCCGCCUCUUCCUGUUGGAAGCCACACCCCCAUCAACACCACUGACGCAAACACAGCUCAAACCACGGCUGUAGACCAACACAUAAAUACCACACAUCCAGCUUCCAUCACACCCUCCAACCAGCCUCCUCCUCCUCAAACACCUGAUCCCCUAAAACCAGCAACCAGUACCACUGGUCCCACUAAGUCCAGGACCACACCCAGCAACUCCUCUCUGGACCCCACCGCCUCUCCCAAAUAUGGACUCAAUGAGACCUUCAGUGGAGACCCCCCAACGUCAUCAGCCCCCCCUCCCAGCACGCUGGCUGCCAGACCCCCCAAAGACACGCCCCCUCAGCUCCACGUGGGCGGAGACACUCUGGUAGUCCACGAGUCCUCCUCAGUAGAGCCCCUUCUGACCGGUCUGGUGUCGGCCUUCAUCAUCACAGCAGUCUUCGUCACCCUGCUGCUCUUCCUCAAACUGCGUAGCAGAGAGAACAGAUCAGAGUUCACCCGUCUGCAGGAUGUUUCCAUGGACGACAUGAUGGAGGACACGCCUCUCUCUGUGUACAGCUACUGAUGGAUGCACCAAACAGAGAGGAUUCUGGGUAAUGUGUGGACUGGAUGCCUGACAGGAGAAGAGAUGAGAAAGCUGCAGAGGACAAUGAAAGGAUGAAGAUGAUGAAGAAAUCGCUUGUUUUGGGCUCUUAUUGUGAAAGUCGUGUCAGUCUUUGACUCUGCUUCCUGUUGAAGGUCUCAUGAUGAUGUUUGACCGUCAGCAGAGAGACAGACAGAAAUCAGGAGUGUUCAGUGUUUCUGUGUUUGACACACACACGUGUUGUUACGUUGUGUCAGCGUGUUUUAGUGACUCUGUGUGACGUCAGUGUGUUUGUUUACGUCAGUGUGUUUGUUUACGUCCUCAGUAUUUUGGGUUCAGAUCAGCUCAGGUCAGCUCUCAGGCUGUUUUUACUGUAACCUGUUUUCCAGAUGUCCCAUCACUCCCAGUUCAGUCUGUGGUCCCCAGGUAGACUCUCUCAGGUCCCUACACUGACUCGCAGUGUGUGUCAGUGUGUGUGUGUCACUGUCGUCCACACAGAAACUGCUGCAGACUGACACACACAGUGAAAAAAGUGAAGACACACACAGCAGCUUGCUCUCACAGUGAGUUACAGACCAUGACAUCACAGUCAGCUGAUCACACACCUGCAGAAAUAAAAAAAUAUUGGUGAAUACAAAACAGUUUAUUUAAAUAACAGUUUCUAUUAAUAGCAUUUUAUAUUAAAGUAAAUAAUAACCUUUUGUAUAAGAUCAAGUGUGAAUGUAACAGGAGACAUUAGAUGUUCCUCCUGUCUUCAGGAGGACUCACCUGAUGUUACCCUUCAAACAUAAUAAGUUAUUAAAGUGUUACUUAUUGAUAACGAGGCUCUGUUGGACGAUGUAUUCGUGUUUUAUUAUUAAAAGUAUUUUAAAGUC